GAUACAACCCGACCCGGGCAUUUGCGUCGGUAUGCCGUAUAAGCGAACCGGGAACGCGAAUAAAGAUGAGGUCUCACGGACUCCUCGCCGGUGUGCCCUCCACGUCCACCUCCACCGCCUUUCCUUCCCCAUCCUCGUCUCCUUCCCGCCUAUUUAAACCCCUCUCCGCUCCCCAAAUGCUCUCGUCUCAUUCCCUCUCUUUUGCCCUCAAUCCCCCAGGUUCCCAUCCCCCUUCUCUUCUCCGUUCUCGAUCCCUCUUCCUCCCUCGAUCCCGACUCUCUUCCCCAUUCGAGCUCCCUCCUAUCGGGAGUUCCAGUUCGACGAGGUGGCGGCGGUUCUGCGAGCCGAUCAGGGCUUCGACGGCGGAGAAGGGGAUGGGGAUCGUCGACGCCGUGGCGGAGGCCGAGAUGCAGCGGUUCAUGGAGGUGGCCAAUAAGGUGGCCGACGCCGCCGGAGAGGUCCUCCGGAAGUACUUCCGCCAGAGCUUCGAGAUCCUCGACAAGGAGGACCUCAGUCCUGUGACAAUUGCGGAUAGAGAUGCAGAGGAGUCCAUGGUUUCGAUACUAUUGGAGAAUUUUCCUUCCCAUGCAAUUUUUGGAGAGGAGAAUGGUUGGAGGUGCAAGGAGAAGUGGACUGAUUAUGUUUGGGUUUUGGACCCCAUUGACGGCACGAAGAGCUUCAUUACUGGAAAACCUUUAUUUGGUACUCUUAUUGCUCUUCUCCACAAGGGAAAACCGAUCAUUGGCAUUAUCGAUCAACCUGUUUUAAGAGAGAGAUGGAUUGGGAUGGAUGGGAGAAGAACAACAUUGAAUGGACGGGAAGUUUCUACGCGCACUUGUAGCAAAAUUUCCCAAGCCUACUUGUAUACAACAAGUCCGCAUCUCUUCAGUGGGGAUGCUGAAGAAGCUUUUGUCCGUGUAAGAAAUAAGGUGAAAGUACCAUUGUAUGGCUGUGAUUGUUAUGCAUAUGCGCUUUUAGCUUCUGGAUUUGUGGAUCUUGUUGUGGAGUCUGGUCUUAAGCCCUAUGAUUUUCUGUCCUUGGUACCGGUAAUAGAAGGAGCUGGUGGAUCAAUAACUGAUUGGAAAGGGGAUAAGCUUCACUGGGAGGCCUCUCCUGAAUCACGCCCAGCAAGUAUGGCCUUUUUGCAUAAGGUUUUAAUGUGGUAGCCGCAGGAGAUCCCCAGGUUCACAAAGAGGCAUUGGACGUGCUAGAAUGGCAGUAACCCGCUCAGCUGGUAAAGCCCAAAGUUCUCAAUGGCUCUAGUAAAUGUAGUAUCUGAAUAGAAGGGUGAUCUGAAGGGGUAAAUAAGUAUUCUAUCCAACUUGUGUAGAGUUGUUCUUGUAACUUAAAUGAUAAAAGAAGCAGGCAAUGCCUUGCUUCUGAAAUCCUGUUUCUUGUUGGAUAAUUUCCAAAUUAACUCUUUUAAGUUAUGCAGGCACAAAAUCAGUAUCAAAUAGUGUGUCACAUUGAUGCUCUUACACAAGUUUACAUUGAAACAAAAACUUGAGUAAUUUUGAGAUCUUAUAUUCUAUUAAUGAAGCUCUGGACGCUGUCCUAGUCCCUGUA